GUGGCUUUUAGCGUGUUUAGGCCGAACCCGCGGGAGUAACUUCAGAGCUGUCUUCCCAUCUCGGCCAGCAGGUCGAGGGAGGUGAUUCUCCCCUCUGCUCUGCUCUGGUGAGACCCCACCUGGAGUACUGCAUCCAGCUGUGGGGUCCCCAACACUGGGAGGACAUGGACCUGUUGGACUGAGUCCAGAGGAAAGCCACGAAGAUGAUCAGAGGGCUGGAGCACCUCUCCUGUGACGACAGGCUGAGAAAAGCUGGGGCUGUUCAGCCAGGAGAAAACUCCAGAGAGACCUUAGUAUCAGCUUCCCAGUACCUAAAGGGAGCUUAUAAGAAAAUAAGGAACAAACUUUUUAGCAGGGCUUGCCCCGUAAUGAGUUUAAACUGUAAGAGGGUAGACUAGAUAUAAAGGAGGAAUUUUUUACAAUAAGAACAAUGAAACACUGGAACAGGUUGCCCAGAAGAGGUAGUAGAUGCCCCAUCCUGGAAACAUUUGAGGUAAGAUUGGACCAGCAGUUGACUCUCAAAACUAGUUAGGUAAGUGGCAACUGAAAGGGAAGAUAAUCAUCAUAAAGGUUGUUAGAAGCUCUCCCCUCCCUGGUACUGCCUUUGCUGAAUGAUGCACAUUAGUGAUGCUACUCAAGAAGUCACACUGGGGCUGCAUGUUCUCCAGCAAGUCAGUGGGCACUGGGCAGUGCAAGUAAAAGCUCUGCCUGUUUGACACAGAAUUAUGAGUGCCCUGGGUUGUGGGCUAUGAUUCUUGAGCUCUGUGUCUCUGGAAUUUAGUUCCAUCUCCCCCUGCCUUACUGCCUGAUAGCUGGAUGGCAGAAAUCAACGCUUAACCAAUCCAGUUUCAGAUAAUGCAUAAGUAUGGAAACAGAAGCCUUAGUUAUGAAACCACUGAUUUUUUUGAUAGUUGUCUGCUAAGUUAAUGUGUUUCUGUAUCUGGAUUGCAGGGCAGAAAUUCAUGAUGUCCUGGAAGAGUAUAAAGAAGGAGCUGCAAAAUUUAUAGGUAUGCCAGAUGCUGUGCUGUACUGCUCCCUUCAUGACCCAGUCAGUCCCUGUCCAUCUGGCUACAACACCAACAAGGGAAGGAAUUAUCUGAAGGUUGUCCUACCACUGUGCAGCUAUGAGGUGAUAGCAGCAAUCUGAACCUGGAUGUUGCAGCUGUUCCUCGAUGCUCUCGCAAUAAGAGGCAGCAGGUACUGUCUGAUCAACAUGCUGUUUCAGAACAACAUACAGCUGCUGUCUUCCCGUUAUUUUACAGACAGUCUCCCUGUGGGGAAGCUCAGGGCGCAUGGAAAUGACAGCUUCCAAAUUCAUGGACAUACAGCGGGCCAUCCAGCCGGACUGGUUCCAGUGCCUCUCUGAUGGAGACACCAUUUCUGGGGAAGUUGGUAGAAAAAGAGCAAAGAAGUCUGUGGAUAGGUCACUUUCCUUCCUGGAUGUAUGUCUUGAGCUGCAAGAGAAAUCACCGGAGCUACAAGGAAGUGUAAUGUUUGGGGCCAUUGAAGGUGGAGAUAUCUUGGAAGAGAGGCUCAGAUCAGCCAGGGAGACUGCCAAGCGGCCUGUGGGUGGCUUCCUGCUAGAUGGCUUCCAGGGAUGUUCCAUGGCCAUGGAGACCAAGUUGAAACUGAUAGCUUCUGUCACAGCAGAGCUGCCAGAGGAUAAACCAAGAGUCAUUCAUGGUGUGGGCAAACCAGAUGAGGUGCUUGAGUGCAUUGAAAGGGGAGUGGACAUUUUUGAGAGCUUCUUUCCUUUCCAAGUGACAGAGCGAGGCUGUGCCUUGGUUUUCAGUUAUGACUGCCCUCCAGAUCCUGAAGCAGCAGGAGUUUUAACACAAAAUGGGGCCCAGGACAUGGAGAAGAAUGGUGCUGAAGAAAACCAGGAAGAAAUCUCCAAAGCUCACCCAGAAAUGACACCGUUUGAGAUAUGUCUGAAGGACAAAAGAUACCAAGAUGACUUUGGUCCUUUGCUGGAAGGAUGCACCUGUUACUGUUGUCAGAGGCACACUUGUGCCUACAUCCAUCACCUCCUCGUGACCAAUGAGCUGCUGGCUGGUGUCCUGCUCAUGAUGCACAACUUCCAGCACUACUUCGGUUUCUUCAGUGCCAUACGGGAUGCCUUAAGAGACAAUAAACUGGAUCAACUGAAAAACCUUGUCUUCAGGCAGGCACUUCAAGGCCCAGUAAAUGUGAAGCUGAGCCAGUGAGUUCAGAGAGGAUAUAGGAGAUUGCAGGCUACACCCUUAUCCAGUGGAACUGUGUAAGCCGGACUUCCAGCAGGGUCACCUGGAUCUGUCCGUAGUAAAAUGCCUUUUUUCUUCCUGGAGGGAACUGAAGGAGACAUUUCAAGAAGAUCUCACUUCCUGGUGGGGAAGGAUGAUCUUGUCCAAAUGUCACUUUUGGUUAAUUGGCUUGGUAUGUUCUUGGUGUAUGGAAAACUUUGGACAGCUCACAAGACCAGUAUGCAUAGCUUUGUUUUCAGAUACUCACCUUUGGUUUUCCAUGUGCAAGGACAAAGUUGAACUUGUGACUGAAGAUAAAGCAGGGCAUAUACGUAAAAUUAAUCAAGCUGCCUGGAGGCUCAGCAGUGUUUUGGGACUCUUGCUCCAUACCCAACAGUAAUUAUCUUUCUGGAAAAACCUAGUGUGUGGUUAUCAUGUAGCUCCUUGAUGAGAAGUCCCACCUCAGUUUAACACACUGUCCUUGUGGCCGUUGCCAGCAUCUAUGUCCUUGAAAAGAACUGACUAGAGGUGCUGCUGUCUGGAGGUGCUGCUGUGUGUUUCUCCCUCAGGCUGCCUUCAGUGCAGAGUGUUCUCUGGGCCUGGAGGAAGCCCUGCACCUCGGCCUGGCCUUGAAAACCCCUGUCUCAGGAGUCCCAGUCAGUGACCUUAAAGCCAGAAAGAAGAGGAAGUGUUUAAUCCAUGUCCUGCUGUAGAGAUUUGGGGGGGGGUGUUGGUUUUUUUUGGUUUGUUUGGUUUGGUUUUGGUUUUUGUUUUGUUUUGUUUGUUUGUUUGUUUAAAAUUUUGUACUGUUAUUCCAGAUUUCUCUGCCUUGUUAGCACACGGAUGAUAAUGAAUUUAUCAUUCUUUCCGACUUCCCUAGCACUGGUCGCAUAGCAAAAACUGUGUUAUGUGAGAUGAAGCUGUGGAAGAAAUGUAUCACAGGAAAAGGCAUUUAGAAAACAUUCUUGUGGCUCUGUGUUUUAAAAUAUGACAGUUAUGUCACAUUCCUCUCACUCAGUUUUUUUAAAUGCCCCUUAUUUUGGAAUCAUGAAUUUAAUUAUUUUAUGUUACAAAGCAACAAUAAAAGAAACCUAUUAUUUGUUA